UCUCUCUUUCUCUGAAUUCUUAUCUGUGAUGUAAUCUCUCUCUACAACGUGUUUGGAUUCUGUCUUUCUCUCUAAGUUUGCAAUUAUCGUUAUGGUUUUGUUAUGGGAUGAUAUGUGCCAUGUGUUGAUGAUGAAUGGUGAAUGACAGGAUGUGGGUUUCUGUUUUCAUGUGCACAGAUUCUGGUUCUUGUGGUGCAAGGGACUUGUAGGAUCUAUGUUUAGAGAGAGAAAGAGGAGGGAGGUAGAGAGAGAGAAUAGAUAGAGAAAGAGUCCUGGAUAACUCUGGCCGCCAUUGGAGGCGCACCUUCUCGCACCUGCAAGAAGGUGUGGGGGCGAGACGGCUUCUUCUUAUCUUCCUCUAUCUCUCAUGUCUGGCGCAUCUGUCGCAUGGUAGAGGGCUUGCCCAUCGACAAUGGCUAACGCCUGAUUAAAGAGAGAAUGUGAUGUAGGCUUCAGGUUUUUCUCGCGGAAAUUUCUUUGGAUUUUCUUACUUGCUUGUGAGGUUCUCUGCAUCAAAAGAAGAAGAAUAGUUAGGAGUCAUUAGCUGAGAUGGGCAGAUUCAAUUGCUUCUCAGUGCUCAUCCCCAAGAACAAAACCAAGAAGGGGUCUGGAGCUGUCGGGCCAGUAACAAAGGAAGAAAGGGGGGUUCUGCAAGUGAAAUUGGAAGGGCUUUCUAACAAUCAAACAAACAUUAGUGAUAAUGACAAUAACAGUCGCAUUGCCUCAAACUCCACCUCCUUCAAUCUCUCUCUACCCUUCAAAAAUCAGGACAAUUCCACCACCACGUGCAAAGUACAGAUCAUGGGUCAAGAGGCCUCUUUUGAAUCUGAUCUCUCUGACCAAAAACAAAGCCCCAAAUCUAAACCUGGACCAGAGGCUACAAUUUUGGAUGCAGCCUAUGAGGGUGAAGAUGAGCACGAGUUUCACCACUCGGCAUAUCGAGAAGCCUCUGACUAUGACCCAAAUGUCCAACUCUUCCAUAAACCAGAGGAGAAACAAUUGGAGUUAUCAAUUAGUUCAAAAGCCGGUUCCUAUGGUGAUCUAACGGUGUGUGGAGACUAUAAAUCAGAGCGGGAAGACCUGACUAAAGGUGGCCAUGUGAGUGAUCCAGGUGUGAAUAGAGCGUAUGCUCUCUCCCCUUCUUCUCCUAAACUUAAACGUUCAUGCUCAAAUCUUGAAACUAGAGAUUCACUCAAGAGGCACAAUUUGCAACCAUUUGAGGAGGUUUUGAGCCUUUGUGAGCUUGAAAAAGGAAGCCCAACUCCUGGUUUGAGUCCUUGCAGUGCUGAUAGGGUGAUGCUCAAGAGAAGAUCAUCGAGCCAAGUGCUUCCAUCAAGGAGCCGGCGGCUUUGGUGGAAGCUCUUCUUAUGGAGCCAUCGAAAUAUGCAUAAAUCGCAUCAAUCUAAUAGAGUGAACCAUGAACCAAUGGCUUCUUCUGCUGUUGAUGAGAGAGAGGGGUACACAUCUGAUAACUUGGAACUACACCGGAUAGAGCCCAAGUCACCUGAAUCGUCGACUUGCGGUUUCCAAUUUCAAACUGGUGUAGAUUCAGGCCCCCACAAAAAUGACACCUUUUGGAAUUGCAAUCAAUGGGUGGCAUUUCCAUCAGAGACCUCGCCAUUGUCGAGAGUGGAUGAAUGGGUGAGCAGCAUCGAUGUAUGUGCUAUCAUCCUUGAUGAUGAGCAUAAUGAUGAUGGUAAUGAUGGGUAUAAUGACACUGAUGAUGGUGGUGGUGAUGGGGUUUCUUCUCCAUGUGAGAAUGGGGCUGAAUUGGUUGACAAGUUACACAAGAAUAUACAUAGCGAGGUUUUGCAGGCCAACAAUGUGAUAAGGUCACUGAACUCUUUUUCUACAGUGGCUCAUAUUUCUGGCAUGGGACUGAAAGUCAUUCCAGCAAUUUCAAUGUACUCAAGCCUUCGGGUAUUGAAUCUCUCUGGCAAUUUCAUAGUUCAUAUAUCUCCUGGGUCCCUGCCAAAGGGCCUGCACACACUAAACCUGUCAAGAAACAAAAUAGUGACCAUCGAAGGUCUACGUGAACUUACUCGCCUGCGUGUGCUUGAUCUCAGUUACAACCGCAUCUCUCGCAUUGGCCAAGGGCUAUCAAAUUGCACACUGAUAAAGGAGCUCUACCUAGCAGGCAACAAGAUAAGUGAUGUAGAAGGUCUACACCGUCUCCUCAAGCUUACUGUGCUUGAUCUCAGCUUCAACAAGAUAACCACAGCUAAGGCCCUUGGUCAACUUGUGGCUAACUAUAACUCCCUCCAAGCCCUAAACUUACUGGGAAACCCCAUUCAAGCAAACAUGGGAGAAGAGAGCCUCAGAAGAGCUGUUUCAAAUCUAUUACCACAACUUACAUUUCUAAACAAGCAAGCCAUCAAGCCAUUAAGAACCAGGGAGGUUGCUAUGGAUACUGUGGCCAAGGCAGCUUUAGGAAGCAACAGUGGAGGGUGGCAUUCGCGUCGUAAGCCUAUUCGAAGAAUCAGCUCACAGCAGGGGUUGGUAACUAGUGCACGGAGCAGUAGGCGUAGGGGUGGUAGCAGCAGCCGGAAACAUGAAAAGGGUGGUAAUGUGGGGCACGAAGCCUUGUCCUCACAUAGAAGAUUGCGUGUUUCCUCUUAGUGGGUAGUGGAAUUAAGUUUGUAUAAUAUUAUGGUUUUCAGUUGCUUGAGUUUUACUAUUUAUUUGUAACAGUUUUAAGAGGAAGAAUGCAUCAAAGACCAUUUUAAGAGGACUGCCUAAAGAAAUGUGUUUUUCUUCUCUUCUUGGGGAUUUUCUUCAGACUAGUGUUCAUUUUACUAUGUCAUGAAUAAUGUUCAGUUGAGAGUUUUGUUUUUAAACGUC